CGCCCGCCGCCGCGUCCCCUCCCCGGCCGGCGGGAGGCGGCGGCUCUUCCCCGCCGCCCGCCUCGCCUCCUGCUCUGAAUUUCUGCUCCUCGGCCGAUCUGGAGAGAGACGGGGAGGGGGUACGUCCCCUCGCACUUUUUUUUCCCCUCGGUUAUUUUUUCCCCAUCCCUUUUAUAUAUUUUUUUUUGCUUUCCCCCCCCAUCACCCUCCCUUCCUCCAGCCCGUUUCUCCUCCGCCGGGGCUCUUCGGCGGCCAUGCGGCCGGUCCCGGGCGAGCGUCUCUAACUCGCCCCCUCGCCCGGAUGGCCCCCCGGAGCCGCGGGCGGAUGGAGCCGAGCUACGUCGUGGGUAUCUGCUGCCUGGUGCUGCUGGAGCCGGGGCGGGUGUGGAGCGGGGAGCCCGGCACCGGGGCGCCCGGUGAGAGCGGCAACGCCAGCCAGGCACCGCCGGCGGAGAGCACGGCCCCCGCGCCCACCGGGGCGGCACCGGCGGGGGGGGACCGCUGCCGCGGUUACUACGACGUGAUGGGGCAGUGGGACCCACCGUUCAACUGCAACGCCGGCAUCUACCAGUACUGCUGCGGGACCUGCGGGUACCGCUUCUGCUGCCAGUUCAAGCCCGGGCGGCUGGACCAGAGCGGCUGCUCCAACUACGACACCCCCAAUUGGGUCAACACGGGCCAGCCACCCGCCCGGGUGGACGAGACCCCCGAGGACCCCACUCGAGACAAGACCAACAUGAUCGUCUACAUCAUCUGCGGCGUGGUGGCCAUCAUGGUGCUGGUGGGCAUCUUCACCAAGCUGGGCCUGGAGAAGGCACAGGGUCCCCAGACGGAGAUGACCGUCUCCAGGACGCUGACAGACCUGCUGAAGCAGCCGGGCCAUGGUCCCUCCGAGCAUAUGGACGGCCUCAUGGGGAGCGUGCAGGUCCCGCUGGGCGAGGGGCUGGCCCGGGGGCCCCCCAGGAAUGGCACAGACAAGCCACCCUUGAACAACGCGGUGGCCAUCACCCCUUCGCUGGGGCGGCCCCACAGUCACGGCAAGCGCUUGCCAAUGGCCGGCGGCCUGGCCCUGCCGGCUCCUGCCUACACCACCUACGCCACCCUGAAGGCUGGAGAGAGCGCCUCGGAGGACUUCUACAGGCGGUUCGGGGGGCCAGAGGUGGCUCCCGCUGGCACCCUGCCCUUCCCGUCCUCCGAGGCCCCAGCGCUGCCCGAGGGCUGCCCCCCGCCCAAGGCCAAGGGCCCUAAGCUGCCCGGGGGCUCGGUCUUCCCGGGGGGCUGGGAAGGGGGCCCCCCCCGUGGCCCCCGCCGGCCCGGCCUGUCCGCUCUGCGCACUGAGGGGCCGCCCGAGGCCUUCGUCCCUGCCACCCCACUGUAUGGCCAGGGCCCCCGGCACCUCGCCACCAACAGCAAGACUGAGGUCACCGUCUGACGGCCGGCGCCAUCGGGGACCGGGGCUGCCCCCUGGCCUGAGGACAGCUGAACGGCCUCCCCAGGGGGGGUGGCCCACCGGAGCAAAGCAUCGUACGUUCUAAUGUAAACCACGACGGCUGGCCAUGGCGGGAGACACACCGUCCUUCCUCUCCUGGGGACAAGGGCUGCCAGCUGCACUUCACCAUUGAGGAGGCACCAUGGGCCAGGCCGUCCCUCUCAUCCAGGCAACAAGUUUUGGCCGUCCUCAGCCUGGCCCAUGAAGAGGUUGAGCCGAGGGGCACAUUGGCAGAGCAGUGUGCUGCUGAGGGGAUGAGGGGGGAUGAUGCUGGACAGACCACAGCCCCCAAGGAUGGGGGGGGACACCCCACCUAACCCCUGUGACCAGGUAGGGGAAGAGCAAUGGACUCAGAGCACUGUCCCAGCGCUGCCGGCAGAGCCCAAGCAGCCUCUUUCCCUCCUCAGCCUCCCCUUCUUCACUGCCCCAGCCUCCACCUUGUCAAUAAAUAAUACAUUAAACUGUA